CAAACAUCUUUUUUGCUAUCGAUCUUUUACCACCUCUACUUCAGAUGGAAACAACGCAUUGAUAACAAACUUAAAUCUCUAGUUGGGAUGCAAACAUCGCAAUGAUAACAAAUUUUAAUGUUGGGCUGCUGGGUCAUGUGGACAGCGGUAAAACAACUUUGGCCCGUGCUCUCAGCUCAAUAUCGAGCACCGCUGCCUUCGACAAGAACCCGCAAUCUGUGGAACGUGGAAUAACACUCGACUUGGGCUUUAGCGCCCUUGUUUUGGACUCAACACCGGAAGGUAAACAGCUGCAACUUACUUUUGUGGACUGUCCUGGCCAUGCCAGUCUUAUACGCACCAUCAUUGGAGGUGCUCAGAUCAUUGACCUGAUGCUUCUCGUGGUGGAUGCUCAGAAGGGCAUGCAAACGCAGACUGCAGAAUGUUUGCUCAUUGGCGAAUUAUUGAAUAAGAAGCUGCUGCUGGUGAUUAACAAAAUCGAUGCACUGCCUGCGGACCAGCGAGACGCCAAACUGGAGAAGUUGUGCGGCAGGUUGCGAAAGACUUUGGCGACCACAAGAUUUGGGGAUCAAGUUCCCAUUUACUGUGUGUCCGCUUUGCAAGUAUUGCAUAUAGAUGAGCUGCGUGAUGGUUUGGUCAAUGCUUACUAUGAACCACAGAGGCAACUUGAUGCACCACUGUUGAUGUAUGUGGAUCAUUGCUUUGCCAUCAAGGGUCAGGGCACAGUUUGUACUGGGACAUUGCUUCAGGGACGCGUUGCAGUCAAUGAUCAAGUGGAGUUGCCGUUGCUUGGCGAGAAACGCAAAGUCAAGUCGAUCCAGAGAUUCAGACAGCCGGUAGAAUGUGCUGGGCCAGGAGAUCGUAUUGGCCUGUGUGUGACACAGUUUAAUGCGAAGUCAAUGGAGCGGGGAAUCAUCGUUCAACCUGGUUACUUGAAACCCAUCUACGCAGUUUGCCUGAAGCUCCACUUGAUUCCUCAUUACAAACAAGUAAUUAGAUCGGGAAACAAGCUGCACAUCAGCGUGGGACACGACACCGUCAUGGCGAAUCUAACGCUCUUUCGAAAUGCAUCUUCAGAGUUUGAUCCAGGCCAGGAAUAUGAGUAUGUGGAGCAGCUGCAACUAGCGGACAGCGUCUUUGGUUUGCUACAGUUUGAAACGCCAGUGCUAACUACACUGGGCACCACUUUGAUAGCCUCCAAGCUGGACAUGGAUGUCCAUAGCAACAGUUGUAGAUUGGCCUUCUGGGGACGCAUCGCCUGGCAAACUGCGAGUAUUAAUUAUGUUAAAGAGCUGUUGCCUCAAUUGCGCAUCUUUAAGCGUAAGCAAAAACAGAGCAGUGUACAACGUGUGGCUAAUGCAAACGAAAUUAUUGUGCAGAAUCUCUUUCAGAAAGAUUCCAAGCGAGAGUUAUUCAUAGGGAAAACUGUGAAACUUUCAACUGGAGAAAUCGGUUGCAUUGCACGCACUUUUGGACAGACUUCCAAAGUGUGUAUUUCCUUUGACAGUGGCUUAAAUACUGCAACGCUUGACCUGCUCAAGUCAGAGCGUGCCAAGGAAGUCGAAGUGUUGUUGGAAUACAAAAAAUAUGUUUUUAAUAAACAAGCCGGUUUCAUUCAAUGACAACUUUGGUU